AUGGAAGGGAUACCAGGCAAGUGUCACAACUUUGAGACAACUUUCUCUGUGGACUAUCAAGGGUCGGAUUCAGGAACUGUGGCGGAGGCGCUCUUGUCGACAGUUCUGACGUCCAUGGAGGAAGCCAUCAACAAUUCCCCUAAUGAAUUGAAGCUUCUUCCGAUCUCUGAUACCACAUAUAAGCAACCGAAUCUCUGGAUUCGAAACUCAGUAGAAUUACGUAAUCGCAUUUCGACUUAUCGCGCUCUGUUGACUUACUGUGAUAUGGAAUAUGGUAACUGUCCCUAUGCGGCAGCCAACAGCAAGCCUAUCUUCAUACCGGCUUACGUCAAUUGGGGAGAGGCACUGGGUGCUACUCUUCUCCCUUGCAGUUUGGAGAAAUUGUGA